GCACGCGCGCGCACAUACACAUACACACACGCACACGCUUGGCCUUGUAACCAGGCUGUAGUGCGCGUGCAGAGCCGCUGGAGGACUGUCUCCACAGCACGGGUCAAGGCGUUUCAUUCCGGGCCACCGGGUGUAAACCUGCAGCUCUGCGGAGGAGCGCGAUGGCGAGGCGCAGAGGAAAGAGCAGCAGUAAACAGGACGAUAGCUGGUUACCUUUAGAGCCACCGGCGGGACAGUCGUCCCGAGGUUUUAACGAGUAUGUCAUCCCGGGUGUUUUGCUGCUUAUCCUCGCUGUCGGCGGGUCAGUGCUCGGCUGGGUCUGUAGCGAUCACCAGCAAACGAUCGACAGUCUGUCGGAAACGCUGGCGUCCAUGCAGGCGAGAAUAACGAAGCUGCAGCAGCAGUUAGGGACUGAUAACGCACAGCUUGCCAAUGUGGGUGGUUUUGAAGAGCGCCUGCUGGCUCUGGAAGAUGCCUAUGCCAAAGCACAGAGACAGGUUGAACUCGCCCUUGCUACAUCCGAACAAAUCAAGUCCAAAGACCUUCAAAGUAAAGUGUGGUCCCUGCAAACUGAGAUGAAUGACAAACUGGCAGAGCUCCAGCAGAACACUAUUUCCAUUGCUGCUCUGAAUGCCAUCAUUAAGAACAAGAGUAUUGAGUUUGAGGUUGUGAAGCAGAGCGUCAACACCAUGUUGAGUGCUAACGCAGAACUAGCCGUUCAGAUUUCUGGGUUUUCAAGCACGCUUUCAGUCACCAAGUUACAUUUGGAUGAGCAGAUCUCCAUUGUGGAUGGUCUGAUGUCUCAGUUAGAGGGUCAAAAGAGGGAGAUCAACGAAAUAAAAGAAUUAUUUGCCAGCAACCAGGAAUCACUUGCUACAAACGCACGGGAGUUGUUGGAUGUCAAAGAGCUGCUAGAAUCUGAGCAAAUUAAGCGGACACAAAAUCUUGAGAAGCAGCUGAGGUCUCUGUAUAAGCGUCUGGAAGAUCAUCAGACAAAUACAGAGAGUCUUCAUUUCCAACUUGCAGCUCAGUUGGAGGCUUUACAGAUCCAGUUUUCGCCUGGAGUUCAGCAACCCAGCAGAGCUGAAGAGGAGGUUCAGGUUGAGGAACAGGUCACCACAUCAGACAACAAAAAGAAAAAAGCACCUGAAAAGGAGUUGGAAAAUACUGUAGAAGAAGAAUUUACAGAAGAGGAAGAGCUUAGAGAUAAUAGGGAGCUAGCAGCUGUUGAAGAAGUUGAAGCAAGUGACUGGCCUGUAGAGGAACCUGUGAAAGAGAUCCAAACGCCCUCAGAUGAACUGGACAUUGAAAUUGAAGGGGAUGUUGCUGAGGAACAAAAUGAGGUGGAUAUUACUGAGGAGAUAGAGACUUUACAGGAGGCACACAUGGUCACAAAUGAAAUAGAGGAGACUGUUGUAGAUGAGAUCCAGACAGCUUUGGAGGAUUCAGAUCGUGUGACAGUUGAAACAGGGGAGAUUAUGGAUGAGAACAUGGAGGUAAAUGUUGGAGAAGAGAUUAAAAUUCAUUCAGAGAAGGCAAACAUGGUUACAAGUGAAACAGAGAAGCAAACAGAGGUGCCAGAUGCAGAAGAGAUCCAGACUCUUUUAGAGGAUUCAACCACCGCCACUACUGAAACAGAGGAAGCUGCUGUGGGGAAGCAAGAAGAGUCUACUCCAGCACAGGAAAUGCAGACAGGUUCAGAGGAAACAGAUGCGCUCUCAAAUACACCUGAUGAGGUUUUUAGUGAGGAACACGCUGAGCAUGCUGCAGAAGAAAUCCACAAUGUUUCAGAUGAGAUAUCAACUGCAGAAAUUAAGACCCAGGAAGAUGGUAAUGCAGAGCAAGAAUCUGGGACUGCUGUGGAGGAGAUUCAGAUUGCUUCAGAUGAGACAGAGAUUGCCACAAAUGGGAAUGUAGACAAUCAGAUGAGAGAAGUUAUCCCAGCUGAGAUUGAGCAGGAAGCAAUGGAGGAGCCAAGGAAUCAGCUGUCUCAGAAAAAUCAGUUAAAGAAGUGUAAUGGCUAAAGGAGGAACAUGGCUAAAAGAAAACUGUAACAGCAUGUGAACUAUUUCUCAUGUCACUUUCUCACUUUAGGUUUUAAGGACUCUUGUAUGAACGUAUGUGAUCUUCCUAUACUCUUAGAAAAUUUGGAGCCCUUAAGGGUUCUUUGAUUAAGCCUCUGAAAGAACACUUAAAGGUUUUUUUUUUUUUUAUAGAACACUACAACAGUGAUUUUCUAUCUUCUUAUUCUAUCUAUUAAUUAUCCAGUGAACCUUUAGAUUCAUUGAAGAACCCCUUUUUUUCCUAAGAGUGUAAUUUCAAAUGAUAUUUUGAUUAAAAAAAAGACUGCUUGAGAGUUAUUGUACAGUUCUUUAGUCUUACUUUUGUCUGAUUGAAAGUCAAUACUAAAUGAAACAUCCAAACUGUAUUAUCCUUGUGGGGUUUUAUUUAUUUUUAGUUCUAGCUCUAAAAUGAGAAGAUGCAGUUUUCUAAACAAUAAGAAGGUUGUGUCACAUCAAAGAUUCUAUACAUUUUGAAUUUUUAAUAUUUUCACCCAAAUUUUCCUUUCUAACACUAGCCUUUUUUAAAUAAACUAGAUUUUCAUUUUAUA